CAUUAACACUUCAUUCAUCCAUUUCCUCUUUCAUUUCCACUCAUUCCAAAUAAAAGAACACACAGAACCAAAUAUAUAUACUAAUUAAUUAAUUAAUUUAAUUGAGUAAGAUCAAGCUUAUUAUAAAUUAACGUCCCAACCUCACCCUCUUCGUUUUUCUGGGAAAACGGAUUAACGAACAGAGUUAUUUUCCCUCAAACGAGAAAAAGAGAGAGAAGCGGGGACGGGAUUCGACUCUGUAACUUCAACGCGGAUUCUUUCUGGUUCGUGUCGAAUCCCCAAUUCAGCCGCAUUCUCUCUCUCUCCCUCCCAUUCAAUUCAAUUCAAUUCAAUUUUAUUCAUUCAUUCAUUCAUUCGUUAUUAUUAUUAUUAUUUUAUUUUUGUUUGCUUCAUUGCUUUUUACCCCUUAUUCGUUGAGGUUCUUCGUCUUCUUCAAUUACGGUGAGAAAACGGAGAUUCCAUUGCGGAAAACACGGAAAUUGUAGCUACUAGCCUCUGAAACAGAGAGAGAGAAUGAUGGAAGAAGAGUUUGAGGAGUUCGAGGAGAUCGAGGUCGAAUACGCGUGCCUAGAAGAGGAUGAAAUCGAUCCCGUUUACGAGUUUGAUGCUCCUCAAUUCUGCGAUUUCUUACGUCCCGAGACGCUUUUUGAUGAUGCUGAAGCAGAGCAGUGGUUCGAAACCGCUCAGAGCCAUGAACCUUCACCAUUUUUGCUGAAGUUUAAAUGGAGAAACCCCUGUGCAGAUGUUUCAAAAGCUCCAGCCAAUAAUGGCAAAGAAACAAGGCCUACCAGCAGCAAUUCAAGUGGAUCAUCGAAAUCGAAAGUUUCAUCUUUCAUGAAGCCAACAGCAAGUAAUUUGGCCAAGCAGAAGAAUGUUACUGAAGUUACAUGCAAUCAAUCUUGCAGGAUUAAGAGUCAGGAUUCUUCUCCAAAUGAUAGCCUAUUAUCCAAGAGACAGAAGCUUGAAGCCGGUUACAUAAAAAAGGCUGCUCAUCUGAAACAUCAAGCACUUUUUGCACAUAAGAAAACCGAGAAAGAUCCUUCUGGAGUGAGUGCAGCUUCUAGACCGAAAGCAACUAUUCCUAAAGAACCAGUUCUGGAAACAGCCGUGAGGGCACAAAGACACAAGCAAAUAACUGAUGCUGAAUCCCGUGAAAAUACAAAAUCGUCACUUAUAGCACGUCCCUUGAAUAAAAAGAUUUUGCAGGCUCCAGCACAAUCCGUACAAAAUAAGAAAACACAGCGAGCAAAAGAAGCUAAUGGUGAGGGAGUUUUGAAUAGAAGUUCUAACACCAAUACAAGGGAACACCGAAGGACAAACCCUAGCGAUGGCUCAAGGCAGGAGAAAUGUGGAAUGACUAACAAACCCAAAGGAAAGCCUGAGGAUGCGCAACGAUCGAACAAAGGUGAAAGAGGUGUCUUCCGAAGUAUCAAAGUAUAUCCACUGGAACCAAAUGACAAGAGACUUAAUUAUGAACCACCUAUAGAUUUACUUAGCAAGCUGUCCCUGGUUUCUGAUGUGAAAAAACCUGCAAAACUGCCAUCUAAGGGCUUGAAGGAGAAUAGACCUGGAUCCUUGCACCAAGAAUACGAGUACAAGAAACCGGCCAAAGAAGCAACCUGUGGAAAGCAGUAUCGAUGCGUCCUCAUAACGCAGCAGGCCUAUAUGGUGGAACUCGGACAUUAGAUGAAAAUGUGGUGUUGGUUCUCCUGAUUGAUGCUUAAAUUCUCUUGAAACAUUUGCUAAAGUUACAAAAAUAUAUAUCCCCUCUAUGAUGGAAACUUCAAUUGUAAGUAAUAUUGGAAGAACAAUUCCAAUGGGGCCCUUAUUUGUUAACCAGUAGUAAUUAACAAAGGAUAGUAUUACUACUGGAUGAGAUUGUUUAGAGAGGGAUAGACUUCCAUGAUGUAUUGCAGCCUAAUACAUGCAAUGCAUUGUAAUACAA